UUAGAAGAUCAAGGGAGAACUGGAACGGGAACUUCAGAGACCUCAGACUCCUCUAGGGUGGGAUUUGCCAACCCUCAGUCACAGUCUGUGUCAGAGUGGUGUAGGCCCCGGUGGGAGUCAGGAGCAGCCAUAGCUUGUGGACCUGCUGUGCUGAUACCAUCUUAUGGUGGUGCCAGUGUCUUGCUCAGUGCCCAGGCAAGGUGAUGGACAGCAGAGCAGAGAUGGAGGUUGUGAGGAGCACAAAGGGGAGUGCUGCUGGGGAGGUCAGUGUCCACGUGGUCACCACCGAGAGCACUGUGCAGAGCACCCACCUACCAACAACUGCCUUCAUCAUACCAGCAAAUGCCACUACCAUCAACCUUCCCACGAGCACCUUAGAAAUUCAGCGAUUUCCCCGGGAACCACAGAGAAGCACAGGGGCUGAGAGGCCAGAGAGGGGAGCAGGGAGUGAGCCCAUCACAGCUACUGUCAUUCCCCAGAUCAGUGGGGUGCAGACCUGCAGCACAGUCCGUGUGCUGGAGUGGAAAGAUGGAGUGGCCACUUUGCCUGGGAGUAAUCUGCGGUUUCGAAUAAAUGAGUACGGGACGCUAAAGGUGGUGAGUGCUGAUAAGAUGCCUCCAGUGGAAGCUAUAAAGGAGGGUCACAUGGAGAAAGAUGGUGACUCAGAGGUGGCACCCACCAGCAGGGACAAUCCUACUGUGGCUCAGGAUGUACCCGAGCAGACCAAGCUGCCAUCAGCAGAAAGCAUGUGCCACUGUGAUACCUGUGGCCGGAGACACGUGUCGGACGGUGCCCGGGAAGGCAGAGGCUUCUGCAGUGAGCACUGCCACCAACAGUUCAAAGAAAGGUCCGUCAUUGUGGAAAACUCUGCCAGCAGUACCAAUACCACUGAAAUCCUCAAGCCGGUGAAGAAACGAAAGAGAAAGGACUACCAGAGCCCUUCGGAGGAAGAAUAUGAAUCUGAGCAAAUGGAGGAAAAGCAGGAAGAGAGGAAAAACUCUGCAGGAGACUCGUCCAUCAGCAAUCCAGAGGCUGAUGUGUGGAACGGGAGUCAGCACGGUGCCAGUGAGGAGAAGAAAGAAGGCUGGUCUUGGGCGUCCUACUUGGAGGAGCAGAAAGCUGUCGCUGCCCCUUUAGAUCUCUUCCAGGAUUACCAAGUAGCUUCCCAACACAAGAAUGGCUUUAAAGUGGGAAUGAAGCUGGAGGGAAUUGAUCCACAGCACCCAUCUAUGUACUUUAUCCUGACAGUGGCUGAGGUGUGUGGUUACCGGAUGCGCCUCCACUUUGAUGGCUACUCGGAGUGCCAUGAUUUCUGGCUGAAUGCCGAUUCCCCCGACAUCCACCCUGCUGGCUGGUUUGAGGAGACAGGGCACAAACUCCAGCCCCCAAAAGGGGUUGUAGGUUAUAAGGAAGAAGAAUUCAGCUGGACAAACUACCUGAAGAUAACAAAGGCUCAAGCAGCUCCUAAGCACCUCUUCAUGGUCCGAAACACUCAUGAGACUUCCCCGGGCUUUGAGGUGGGCAUGAAGCUCGAAGCUGUGGAUCGCAUGAACCCUUCCCUGAUCUGUGUGGCCACAGUGACUGAUGUGGUGGACAAUCGCUUUUUGGUGCACUUUGACAACUGGGAUGAUACUUAUGACUACUGGUGUGACCCCAGCAGUCCGUACAUCCACCCAGUUGGAUGGUGUCAGGAGCACGGCAAACCCCUCACACCUCCUCAAGAUUAUCCUGACCCUGACAACUUCACCUGGGAAAAGUACUUAAAGGAAACCGGAGCAUCUGCUGUCCCGGCCUGGGCCUUUAAAGUGCGCCCACCCCACAGCUUCCUGGUCAACAUGAAGCUGGAAGCAGUAGACAGGAGGACUCCUUCCUUCAUCCGAGUGGCCAGUGUGGAGGACGUGGAAGACCACAGGAUAAAGAUCCAUUUUGAUGGCUGGAGUCACGUCUAUGAUUUCUGGAUUGAUGCAGAUCAUCCAGACAUCCACCCCAUAGGCUGGUGCUCAAAAACUGGACACCCACUGCAGCCUCCUCUCAGGCCAAAGGAACCAGCCUCCUCUGCCCAUGGGAGCUGCCCAACCCUGGGCUGCAAGAACAUCCCUCACACCAAGAGUUCCAAGUACAGCUUUCACCACAGGAAGUGCCCCACACCGGGUUGUGACGGGUCAGGACACGUGACUGGGAGAUUCACGGCCCAUUACUGCCUCUCAGGGUGCCCGCUGGCAGAGAAGAACCAGGGCAGGCUUAAGGCGGACUUGUCCGACACCGAGGCCUCAACUCGCAAAAGAAACCUGAUUGGCUUCCCUCAGCGAAAGAAAUCUCGGCACCAUGGGAGAGGGCGACCUCCAAAGUACCGGAAGAUCCAGCAGGAAGACUUCCAGACUAUUUCUUCAGACAAUAUGCACCAGUCUCUCUUCAUGUCUGCCCUGUCUGCCCACCCCGACCGCUCCCUGUCACUCUGUUGGGAGCAGCACUGCAAACUCCUGCCAGGGGUGGCUGGCAUCACAGCAACCACAGUGGCCAAGUGGACCAUUGAUGAGGUCUUUAGCUUUGUUCAGACUCUGACGGGUUGCGAGGACCAAGCCAAGCUCUUCAAGGAUGAGAUGAUCGAUGGUGAGGCGUUCCUCUUGCUGACGCAGGCUGACAUCGUCAAGAUUAUGAGUGUCAAGCUGGGCCCAGCACUCAAGAUCUACAAUGCCAUCCUCAUGUUCAAGAACGCUGAUGACACCUUGAAGUGACUUUUCUUGGCCCGAUCGGGACCCUCCCUCAGCACCGGUGCUGCCAAACUAACUGGUCAGGACAGAGAUUCCCCUCGACCAACCACAGCUUGUCAUGUCCUGCUCAUGUCCUCUCGGAUGCCCCAUCUCCGCUCUCCCACCAGUCCAUCUCCCAUCCUCUCCCCUCCCCUCCGCGCUGCCCUUGUCCUCCAGCGCUGGGUACAGGCUGACCCUGAGCCUUGGGCACGGCUGCAGGGAUGGGGGGUGGGCGUGGGACUAGUCUGUCUUAGCGUGACAGCCGCCCCCCAUGUCCUGCUGUGCCUGCCCCGCUCCGAGGGGUGUUGAGGGAUGGGGGAGCAGUGCAGAGGGUGCAGCAGCUGGGGGCUGACACCACUACUCAAGUCACCUGGAGAAGGGAAGGGACUCACUGUCUGCGUAUGUGCUUGCACCCAUUUAAAGGCUGGUCUUGGCUUUGCUCAGCAGCUGAGAGGUAGGUUUUUUCCCUCAGUGUGUUCCUCUGGGGGGGGGGCUUGUGCUAAAUUGUUUCCACAGGAUGGUCGCAAGGAGCUUCAGCUCACUUUUCCUUUUUCUCUGAAUUCUUUUGACUUUCCCUUUCAAUGCCAGAUGAUGGAUGACUUUGCUCUGGCCCUUUGCUACACUGGGAACCAGUGACCCACCUCUUGCCCCUUCCAGGGAGCAAUGUGUCCUGGCUGCUGCUCUGUCCACGACCAGCAUCUGUGCUUUAUUCCUCUUUACUGUAAUGCAGCAGCCCAGGGGCCCAUAGGGCCAGAGCUGGGGGGGUGCAGAACAAGCUCCAUUUCCUCUUGCACUUUGGGCUGUCUUGGCUAGCAUGUCUCUGAGAGAAAGGAUGCUUGAUUAACUAUCCAUUUGCAGAAAUUAAAAAACCCUCUGCAAAGGAGAUCUGGGCCUUCUUUCGUCCACCUAUUAGAAGCAAGGCCCUUUCUAGAGCAGAGACAGUUGCCAAGGACAAGAAGCAUCCAUUCCUCUGUAGGCAGAUCCAUGGCUCGCUUUUGAAGGCGUUCCUGAGUUCUCUGACUUGAUCCUGCCAAGCUGCCUUCUCCCCCUUUUUUGGCCUCACAAGGCCCCCGGGUUUUGCUGUCUGAUGAGCAGCAUCUUCUGUCCCUGAAGCAGAGCUAAAAGAAAUUCAGCAGUUAAGGUUUUUUUCUGUCCUUUUAGUAACACAGCACCUUUUCAACAAGGGUGCAGGCACUUGGGGAAUGCCCGUGUAACACUGUCCCUUGUCAUGGAGGAGAGGUCCAGUAGGCUAGGACUCCAGAGCCAGGAAAGCCAACAUUGCCUGGGGGGUCCUGGCAGAGUCCCAGGCGAGUUCUGAUAGUCCCUGUGUGUCCUGGCAUCCCCCACGUGGCUCCUGCUGUGGUCUGUCACCCUGUGCACGCCUGCCGUGGGUGCUGUUGGCGCAGUGGUGGGGCAGUGCAGUGUUAGAGGGUGGCCACCUGCCCCCAGGGCUCACCAUAGUCUGCAGUGAUGUGAUCUGAGUCCCACAUCCACUGUCUUUCCCAUUCCCAAGAAUGACAUAUCAGUAGCAAAACAAAUUUUUCCACUUUCCCAGUGCCCAAAGAUAGGGAUGAAGGGAUCUUAGCAAGUGCACCAGCAAUGUGUCGGAGCAGCGCUGCCUUGGGAGCCGCUGUCACACCUGGGUCAAUCUGUUCUAGGCUUCCCAUGGAAAUGUAGCAUUUUGACUCUUUGUUAUUGAAUAUUUAGGGUCACAUUUGACCUGGCUCUUGAAACGUCUGCUGCUUGCUUUCCAUGCAGGACUUGCAACUAGUCCAUGUGUUUGUUUUGUCAAUGCUUGGGUUUGAUUUAGGCAGCUCUCCCUCUCCCUUCUUUUUCUUAUCUUCUUCCAUCUCUUGAGGCACUGCAGUGUGGCCAGCUGUGGAGAGAGGGGAGUGGGAAGGAACAGCUGUGUCCCUAGGUCCCACAGUCACUCCCCAAGUCACCCUUGGUCUGCAGUAAAUGGUCCUGAAGUUGGUAUCUUCAGUUGAUGGGGAGUCUGUUUCUGAGCCACUGUGUGCCAGGGGAGAAGAGGAGGAGACCUGGGACCUCCAGCUGUGAGACUCUGUGCGAGCAGUGCUCAGCCCUCUCCAGGCGUGAUCUGGAACAGAACAGCUCCCUUGCACAGGACGAAGUUAUUGAGAUUGUAAGGAAACAUCUUGUGAAAGCAGCCUGUUGUCAUCUCCCUCGUGCUGUCAUUCCUCCAGUUGGGCAGGACUAAGCACUGUCCCUGGGUGCUGGGCGAGGAGCUGCUGUCCAAGUGCCAGGUCUGAAACUAGCCCCGAGGCUGGGGAGCCUUGUCCCUGCCAGGGCUGCCCCAGAGAGCAGAGGUGAGGGUGAGCUCAGAAGAUCCCUGCUGAGGGGCAGAGGAGCCGUGAGCCAGGCCAUGGCUGGCCCACAGGACACCUGCUGCCACUAGCUCCUGUCCUGGUGCUAGAUGCAGGCCUGGCCACCAGCAGAGGUGUGUGCUGUGCCAGCCCUAGGCCACAGCCUCACCUAGGGGCUUCUGGCCUCCCACAGGAGAGCAGAUGCAACCCAUCGGGCCUGCCAAGGGGGCACCUUGGCUGGGGCCUGGGUCUGGCUGCACAGCUGGAGCCCGGGUCCCCGUGGGAUCUGCACUGGGAGCAGCCCCACUGGAGGGGUGAUGGGAGAUGUCAGGGUCUGUGGCACAUGCUGACCUGCUGUCCUGAGCAGCUGUUUGGGUACAAAGAUGCUGGAUUCAUCGGGGUGAGGGUUACAGGGUUCGUAGGUGGUCAAGGGCUAUUUACUGUUAAAACUUAAAACCUUCUUGUUUCCUUUGAAACCAAACCAAACCCAAAGCAUCGUGUGUGUGUGUGUAUGUGUGGAGGGAUGUUUGUGGAAGUACCAUGACGCCACUUCCCCUACUGUUGGUGUGUUGCUGUGAGCGUGGUGGUCUCUGCGGCUGUGGAGGCAGCGGGCUCUGGUCCCAGGGUCAUGGGCAAAGUGUCCUCUGUGAGCAGAAGUUUUCUCUGGUCCCAGCAGGGAAGCCAGAAGGAAGGUUUGCUGCAGCCCUGGCCUGGGCAGGUCCUUCAUCUCCA